AUGAAUGAUUACUCUUUGUUCAGAAAAUUAGUUGGCACUAGUCAUACUAUUGUGGUUGUUUAUGUGGAUGAUAUUCUCUUGGCUGGUGAUGAUGAAUCUAAAAUUUCUUCUCUCAAGCUUUUCCUGGAUGAUAAGUUCAGAAUUAAGGACCUUGGUCUUAUACAUUAUUUCCUUGGUCUGGAAAUUAUCCAUACUUCGACGAGGUUCUUGGUCAGCCAACAUAAGUUUGCAUUGGAUCUAUUGUCCGAAUUUCACUAUACUAAUGUCAAUCCUGUUGUUUCACCACUUGACCCUCACGUGAAGCUAUCUUCUGAUUCUGGGUAUUUGUUACCUGAUCCUUCUAUGUACAUAAAGUUUGGUGGAAAGCGAAAUUUCCUUCAACACACGAGACCAGACUUGUCUUUUACAGUUCAACAUCUUAGACAGUUCAUGGCUUCUCCCCGAACUACUUAUCUCACUGCUGCUCAUCAUGUUUUGGAAUAUUUGGCUGGUACUCCUCGUUUGGGACUUCUCCUCAAUAACUCCUCCGAUUUUUCUCUCCAAGGCUAUUGUGAUUCUGAUUGGGCCAGCUGUGUUGCAACCCGUAGAUCUGUUUCAGGAUUUGUUCUAUUCCUUGGACGCUGUCAUAUCUCUUGGAAGUCCAAGAAGCCGCCCACCAUUGCUUUAUCAACAGCUGAGGCAGAAUACAAUUCCUUAAGGCUCGUAGUUGCUGAAAUUACCUGGCUGGUUCGUUUAUUUGCUGAAUUGGGUGUUCAUGAUCUGACUCCUGUACAUGUGUUCUGUGAAUGUCAUGCAGCUGUCCACAUUGCCAAGAAUCCU